AAAGUCUGGGCUUGGGUCCAUGUUUGAAAAGCGCUCUACUCCAAAGAUGAGUAAACUCAAGGAAGCUGAGAGCCCUGAAUCUGAGGUGAUAGUGAAAACGGCCAAAGAUGGAUGUGCAGAGGGUCUCAUUUAUGGUGGAGGGGGAAAAGAAGGGAUUUUCAUUAAGGAAGUAGUGCCAGAGUCACCAGCCUCCAAAAAUCUAAAACUGAAAGAAGGUGAUCAGAUUUUGAGUGCCACUGUGUAUUUUGACAACAUGUCAUAUGAGGAUGCCAUUCAGAUUCUGGAGCAUGCUCAGGCAUAUAAACUGAAGCUUUGCUUGAAGCGCAAGCCAGAGAUCACAGAGACCGAACCAGCCAUCGAAUCUGACGUUAUACCUGAAGAAGACCUCCACACUCCACAGAUGAGAGAACAAGGAAAAACGAAAAGACGCGGAGAAGCUCGCAUUUCGUGGCCCAAGUUUUCAUCCUUUGGAAAAGGGCGAAAAUCACGUUUUACAAGGUCUCACAGUUCCUCAGAGGCUGAGGAACAAAGAAAGCUUGAACUCAGCCCAACAACAAGCGACACAGAGUCACCAAUAAAAACUCAGGAUGCUCUCAAAUACAAGAAAAAGCAUAAAAUAAAACUACCUGGUCUGACAAAGAGAGGCCGGAUAAGUUCAUCUGAGGAGCAGGACACAGAUGUGCAAACUGGACAGAUCAGUGAAGCUACAGCUGAAGUCAAGCUCCAUGAUGUUGAAGUAGAGAAACCUUCUGUUGAAACUGAAAUUGAAGCUCCUGAGUUCAAAGUUGAGACAAAAGACAAGAAAGGAUCACCAUCAAAGUUUAAGAUGCCUCCAUUCCAAUUACCCAAAUUUGGCAUUGGUAUCACAAGUGCAACAGCAGAGGUACCGGAUAUGGAGAAAGGUAUCAAAAUAGAAGGUGCUGAUAUUGAGAUUCCUGAAGAGGUUCUUGAAGUUAACAUUGCAGCACCCAGCACUGAAUUGAAAGAACUUCCAAUCUCCUUGGAAACCAGUGAAUCUGAAUAUGAUGGAAAAGGAAGUAAGUUCAAACUGCCAAGUCUUGGAUUGUCUGUCCCAAAAAGAAAAGGGCCUGACACUGAUUUAAGCUUAUCAAAGAAAGAUGUUGAUGUUACACUUCCAGAAGCUAAAGCUAAAGUCACACUCCCUCAUAUGGAAGUGGAAACUGAAGCUCCUGAGUUCAAAGUUGAGACAAAAGACAAAAAAGGAUCACCAUCAAAGUUUAAGAUGCCAACAUUCAAAUUACCCAAAUUUGGUGCCCGUGACACAAAAACCAAAGGGCCUGACAUUGAUUUAAGCUUAUCGAAGAAAGACGUAGAUGUUACAUUUCCAGAAGCUAAAGCUGAAGCCAAACUCCCUGAUGUUGAAGUAGAGAAACCUUCUGUUGAAGUGGAAACUGAAGCUCCUGAGUUCAAAGUUGAGACAAAAGAUAAAAAAGGAUCACCAUCAAAAUUUAAGAUGCCUACAUUCAAAUUACCCAAAUUUGGCAUUGGUAUCCCAAGUGCCACAGCAAAAGUACCUGAUUUGGACACAGAUGUUAAAGUAGAUGGUGGUGAUAUUAGUAUCCCUGAGGAGGUUCUUGAAGUCAACAUUGCAGCACCCAGCACUGAAUUCAAAGAACCUUCACUCACCCUGAAAACUGCAGGAGCUGAACAUGAAGGCAAAGGAAGUAAGUUCAAACUGCCAAGUCUUGGAUUGUCUGUCCCUCAAGCCAAAGGACCUGACAUUGAUUUAAGUUUAUCAGAGAAAGACGUAGAAGUUACACUUCCAGAAGCCAAAGCUGAAGUCAAACUCCCUGAUGUUGAAAUUGAAAAACCUUCUGUUGAAGUGGAAAUUGAAGCUCCUGAGAUAAAGAUUGAAACAAAGGGAAAGAAAGGAUCACCAUCAAAGUUUAAGAUGCCAACAUUCCAAAUUCCAAAAUUUGGAGUGGGUGUCACAAGUUCAACAGCAGAGGCACCGGAUAUGGACAAAGGCAUAAAAAUAGAUGGUGCUGAUAUUGAGAUUCCUGAAGAGGUUCUUGAAGUUGGCGUUGCAGUACCCAGCACUGAAUUAAAAGAACCUUCAAUCUCCUUGAAAACCAGUGGAUAUGAACAUGAAGUUAAAGGAAGUAAGUUCAAACUGCCAAGUCUUGGAUUGUCUUUCCCUCAAACAAAAGGGCCUGACAUUGAUUUAAGCUUAUCGAAGAAAGAUGUAGAUGUUACAGUUCCAAAAGCCAAAGCUGACACAGCUGGUAAGGCCCCUGAGGAAGACAUCAGCAUUGAUGUUCCCGGAGUUGAUGUCAUACUACCAGAAGUCAAAACAGAUGUACAUCUUCCAGAUACCGACCUUAAAGAAUCCUCACAUAUUAUCAUAGAAGGGGGAACCGAUACAAACCUUGAGGCUAAAUUGAAAAAGCCAAGAUUUUCAUUGCCAAAAUUUUCAUUUUCCAAGCAAAGUGUAAAAGACCCUGAAGUCGAUAUCAGUCUCCCAAAAACUGAUGUUAUUUUUCUGCAAGGUGAUAUAGUCAAACAACCUGACAAUGAGUUCAGUAUGGAAGUAAGUGAUGUGAAUAAAGGAAUUAAAAUUGAUGCAGCACCCGGCAUUGACUCUGAAGGUUUAGCUGUAGAUGUGAAAGCUAAAGGAGGUGAGAUAUCUGGAAGCAAGCUUAAAAUGCCAAAUCUGGCCAUCUCAAUGACCAAAGUUAAAAGUCCUGAAACAGAUUUAAGUUUAUCAAAGAAAGAUGUUGAUAUUUCCUUACCAGAGGUAACAGCUGACAUCAAACUACUCCAUAUUGAAGGCAAAGAAACUGAGGGUUCUACUUCAUUACCGGAAACACCAACAAUUGAGGCCGAAGUCAAGUCAAAACGACCAAGUUGGACAUUUCCAAAAUUUUCCUUUUCAAGGACAGCUGAUAAGGCCCCAGCUAUUGAUGUCAAAAUUGAAACACCCAAAGCUGAGAUUAUAUCAAGCAAAACAGAAGUCUGUCUAGCAGAAGCUGAAAUCAAAGGACCUUCAAUGGAAGAACCACCUGCUGAAGAAACUGAAACAAACUUGAAAAAACCUAAAUUUUCACUUCCGAGAUUUUCUUUUUCAAAGUCAAGUAUUAAAGAAUCGGAGUUAAGUGAUGAGCUUCCACAAGCUGAUGUUUCUGUUUCAGAGGGAGAAAUAAAAGUUAAACAGCCUGAAAUGGAAAUUAAAGCUCCUGAGAAAGAAGCUGGGCAAGGAAGCCCAUUUAAGUUCCCAAAUUUAGGCAUUGUACAAACAAAACCAAAAGGACCUGAAGUGGAUUUAAAAUCAUCAAUAAACAAUGUUGACAGCAAACGGCCAGAAAUAAAAGCAGAGGUCAAAAUCUCAGAAGAAGUCAAACAAUCUUCAUCUAGUUUGGGAAUCAAGUCUUCUGAGACAAAAGCAAAAUCAAAAGAUGCUGAAGGAUCCCCUUUAAAAGAAAAAAUUUCACCACUGAAAAUGCCAAAAUUUAGCAGUGCUUCCUUUGACGUUACCAUGGAAGCACCCAAAACAGGAAAAGUAAUUGACAUUCAUGGAUCUAAACCUAAGGAGGAUAUUUCUGUCACCGACAAAGAUUCGAUUGUUAAUAUUAAAAUGGAUUAUUCCAAAGGUAUAAUAUCAGAAUCCGAAACACCCAAGACUGAGACUGAUGUUCUGGGUCUUCCAUCACCAAGUAAAUUCAAACUACCAUCUUUUAAAAUGCCCAGGCUUAGCUUCUCAAAGUCUAAACCUGAAGAGGAACAGCUUCCUGUUGAAAUAGAAGAUAAAGAAGCUCAACUGGAAAUGGAAGUUGAAACAAAAGGAGAAAGUAAAUCACCAAAAGUGAUUCUGACAUCAUUUGGUGAGAUCCUAAAGACUAUUGAUGUUGAAUUUGAUGUUCCAAAAGCAGACCAAGUUGAAGAAAAUCUUGUAGUCUCAAAAGAAGUUCAAGAAAUAGGCGAACAUGCUGGAAAGCAAUUAGAAGCAAAGGAAAAAGGAGCAAGUAGCAUACAAGAUAUUUCCAAGAGUCCCGAGAGGACAGGUUGGUUUAAAUUUCCUAAGUUUGGCCUGUCUUCCCCUUCAGAAGCCCCCAGUGCUCCUGAGAAAUGUGAACAAAAGGAUGAAAAGAGUCCAGUAGGGGGAAUGGGGGACGAGGAAAUUAGCCCCACCUUUUCUGUCCAAUCAUCGGAUGCCUUCGCUGAUAUAAGUUCUGCAGUCACAAGUGAGCAUGUUGGCCCAUCCAUAUCUUCCCCAACAAAGGUAACUGUCAAAUAUUCUGAUCCAAAUGUUGCUACUGAGCUUGAAGAGACACACAGUAACAUCUUUACUUCGGCCACGAGGACUGAACUGAUCUCAGUUCAGCCUAACUUACCGGAGAAAAUCACUAUUCUGUCCUCUGGAAUAUCAUCGUCAUCAGAAGACACGUGCAGAUUGGAAUCGGGAAAACUACACGUCAUUACAACAAAUAUACAAGCAACCCCAGAAGCACAGCAUGCCCAGUUACUAACUGAUAUUGAAGCUGAAUUAGCUGAAGGCCUUCCCUUAAAAUCAGAAGCUAAUGAAACUACAUCAUGGACUGUGGAAGGCUCAGACAGUGGCAACAGAGCGGUGUUUGAGAGGCACUUAGUGACGAAAACCUCAACUGAAAGAAGUGAAAGCAGAGAGACAAUUGUUAUAACCAAACAAAUUACUCAUGUAUUUGACUCUUCUGAGCCCAUCUCUGGUGAGACAGCGUCAUCUAUACAGCGACUGAGAGACUCUGUGCACUCUGAGAAAAUGAGGUUCUUUGACGAUGCUGAGAAGUGAGGCAACUGGAAAUAAUUCAUGUGUAAAGAUACUAUUUCUCUUUGCCUAGACCUGAAUGUCAGAGGAGACAAGUGAAUGAAAACAUGCUGGAAACUGGGAAAGGAAGUUAGCAUGUUUAACUUACCGAUCACAGAGAACAAUCUGUCAGUGUUCAGGCAUUACAACAUGAUGGUGAUGUGCUGUGCUAUGAUGCUGACCUACAAAAAAAAUAUGCAUUCCUGUAAUUCACGCUGACAGUCUGUUGAAGAUACUAACAAUGUGUAUAACUGUGUCCUUACUUCAAAUUGUAGCAAGGCCUUAGCAAAUAUCCUUGCUCAAGAUGCAGAAUGUUUGACUUUUGCUUACCAAAAUCUCUAAAACUCAUUUUGCAGUUUUUCACUAUUGACUAAUUUACUUGUGUGUGUACUUUACAAAAUGAUAAUCACCAGUGCCGUCAACUAAAAUUUCUGACUGUUUGAGACUGAUGCAAAAAUCAAUUUAUUUUACUGACAUUCCAAAUUGUGUUUACAGUAAUUUCACUAUAACGCUUACAGUAUAUACAAACUACAAUAGCAUAAUGCAGUUAAGAUAGAACAAAGAAUAUGUACGUAUUGCACCAAGAUACUGUUGUCGCUGUAGCUAAAAUGUAAAGAGACAAUAGCAAUGCAAAGCUGAAAUGAAAAGCGUAUGAUCAAACAGAACAAAUGUACUGCUAAAACUAUAUUUUUUAUUAAUACUUUGCUACUUUGAACCUAAUUUGCCACACUAGAAAUCUGUCUGGACUCUGUUUUCUUUCCAUAUCUCUGUACAAAGUGGGGCUAUUGAACCAGCUAUAUAAAUAGCUUUUAAUGACCUUUGGAAUUUUAUUGGAUAACUGCUCGUGUUUGUAUUCUGAUAGGCUUUAACUUAACUUGUUUGCAAAGUUAUAGACAAUAAAUGCUAUUAUA